UCGGCUGGCGGCAGAAGCGGCGGCGGGUCUGGGCAGGGCCGGGCAGCGCGGCCGGAGCGGAACGGAAAAGGGGUCGGAGUCGCAGCCCGGCCGGGGCGGCGUGCGUAGCGGAACCCGAGGCGAGCGGCGGCCGAGUUCUGGAGUCCGGAAGCCUGAAGUGAGGAUGCAAUAGUGCUGGGCUCUCUUCUGGGUAUAGAUCCAACCUCUGGUGCUUCUCUUACACAGCUGAACAAGGGUCUGUCUACAGGUUUUGAGCAUCUGAAGUGAAUCCCUGAACCAGAGUGUCUGCUGCCAUCCCCUCAUCCUCUGCAGAAAUGUCUGUCACCUACGACGAUUCUGUGGGAGUGGAAGUGUCCAGUGACAGCUUCUGGGAGGUCGGGAACUACAAAAGGACUGUGAAGCGGAUUGAUGAUGGGCACCGGCUGUGUGGUGACCUCAUGAACUGUUUGCAUGAGCGGGCACGCAUUGAAAAGGCAUAUGCACAGCAGCUCACUGAGUGGGCCCGACGCUGGAAGCAGCUUGUGGAGAAAGGACCACAGUAUGGGACUGUGGAGAAGGCCUGGAUGGCUGUCAUGUCUGAAGCAGAGAAGGUGAGCGAGCUGCACCUAGAAGUGAAGACGUCACUGAUGAAUGAAGACUUUGAGAAGAUCAAGAACUGGCAGAAGGAAGCCUUUCACAAACAGAUGAUGGGAGGCUUCAAGGAGACAAAGGAAGCAGAGGAUGGCUUCCGGAAGGCCCAGAAGCCCUGGGCCAAGAAGCUGAAAGAGGUAGAAGCAGCAAAGAAAGCCCACCACACAGCAUGCAAAGAGGAGAAACUGGCCAUCUCUCGAGAAGCCAACAGCAAAGCAGAUCCAUCUCUCAAUCCCGAACAGCUCAAGAAACUGCAAGACAAGAUAGAAAAAUGCAAGCAGGAUGUCCUGAAGACCAAGGACAAGUAUGAGAAGGCCCUGAAGGAGCUUGAUCAGACCACACCUCAGUACAUGGAGAACAUGGAGCAAGUGUUCGAGCAGUGCCAGCAGUUUGAAGAGAAGCGCCUGCGCUUCUUCCGGGAGGUUCUACUGGAGGUUCAGAAGCACCUGGACCUGUCCAAUGUGGCUAGCUACAAAACCAUUUACCGAGAGCUGGAACAGAACAUCAAAGCAGCUGAUGCCGUAGAGGACCUUAGGUGGUUCCGAGCCAACCAUGGGCCAGGCAUGGCCAUGAACUGGCCACAGUUUGAGGAGUGGUCUGCAGAUCUGAAUCGAACUCUCAGCCGGAGAGAGAAGAAGAAGGCUGCUGAUGGUGUCACCCUAAUGGGAAUCAACCAGACAGGGGACCAGUCUGGGCAGAACAAGCCUGAAAGCAACCUUAGUGUCCCGAGCAACCCUGCCCAGUCCACGCAGUUACAGCCCAGCUACAACCCCUUCGAGGAUGAGGACGACACGGGCAGCACCGUCAGUGAGAAGGAGGACAUUAAGGCCAAAAAUGUCAGCAGCUAUGAGAAGACUCAGAAUUACCCUACUGACUGGUCUGACGAUGAGUCCAACAACCCUUUCUCGUCCACGGAUGCCAACGGGGACUCUAACCCAUUUGACGAGGAUACUACCUCAGGAACAGAAGUGCGAGUUCGGGCCCUCUAUGACUAUGAGGGGCAGGAACACGAUGAGCUGAGCUUCAAGGCUGGAGAUGAGCUGACCAAGAUAGAGGAUGAAGAUGAACAGGGUUGGUGCAAGGGACGCUUGGACAGUGGCCAGGUUGGCCUAUACCCAGCCAACUAUGUCGAGGCGAUCCAGUGACAGGCCAUACAUGGGCAGGCUGGCGGAGAGACGGAAGUGGGCAAUUCAGGAGCUCCGUUAGCCUUGACCUGUGCAGUGAUACCUCUAGUGCCCCCAGCAGCCAUGUAGGCAUCCACUCCACCUGCAAAAGAUGAUGGUUCUGUUGUUCUUGGCUUCCUGGUGUGGUUUGAAGGCAGAUGAGCUGGUGAUUUCACUAGGGACUUGGCCCCUUUCCAAGCACAUCUGGGCAGAUCUAGGCACAGGAAGACACGGUCCAACAGCAAAAGCCAAGCCCCUCCCUAUCCCUACCAGCUCUCUGAAUCAUGGAUCUGCACCUUCUUGCCCUUGCCUCUCUUGAGUCAAUGAUGGAUCACACUGAUUCUUGUUCCACUGAUUAUUUUCUCUGAUGAGUCCCUACCUGCAAGUUCAGUGAACAGACUUCAACGCCAUUUUCUGAGUAAAGAGUUUGAGGUUUUAAUUUAAAGGCAAUGUACAGUUAUACUUUUUAUAUGCUCUUCCAGUCACGUAAAUUAUGGCCUAGAUUGAUCUGAGUGAGAUGUUCUCCAUGUAAGGUGUCUUCAAUUCUCUGCAUUGUCCAGAUGUGGGGUUGCUGCAGCAGGGGUCAGUGGCAGUGCCAGUUCCAGGGGUAGUGUUAUGCAGCAUUCCCCAGCAUCACCAUAUUUAGAAAUUACUUUCACUGUAUUCUUGCUUCAGUUUUUCAAGUUAACAGUUUAUUAGUGAUUUGGAAAGUUAAAAGAAGACUAACUUUUCAGAGCAGCUGCAUCUAUAGAUUAAGAUGCUUUACAUUAGACUCAUGUCUUGAUGUAUAUCUGUGUAUAUUAUUUGAUAUCAGAGGAUCUAUAAAGUUCACCUACUGUUAAAAUGAGAUUUGGUGGCUUCUGACAGCAGGUAUUGUCAACUGCUUGAAGCCCAUGACAUUGAGGCACAGGCAUGGCUGGCCAACAGCCUCCUUUCAGUUAAGAUAUGGCUCUGGCUUCUGAGUGGAGGCUGCUGAGAAGACUUAAUUCUCCCUGGCCAGAGCUCCAGCUCCUAGGUCUUUGCAGUCGUCACAGGCUGCACAGUCCCUGUGCCACUCACUGGAGAGUUAGAGGGUUCUACCCCCAGCACACAUCCCUGUGGGUACCCUUAUUCUCAAGUCCAGUGGGACUGUCCUGAGCCCCAGGGAUAAGCUCAGGGAGGGCCUUUAUUUUGUUAGCUCAGACAGUGGGCAGUGUUGCACGUCAGCAACGUGUGUCUUCAGUGUUGCCGUGAGUGCCCUGUUGCACUGUGGAUGUGUGUCAUAACAGCUUAUCAGCAGAAAUCCUUGUUCCUAAGCUAUAGUCCUUAACUUUUAGAAAUUCCUUUAAAUGUAUAGUAUUUUAGAACAACAACAACAAAAAAUCAAUAAACAGUUGAUCUUG